GUAGAGUAUAUUCUGACUUUAAUUGGUCUCUAUACUGUAGAGGGAAAUGUCGUCAAUAUCUGCUUAUUUUUUCAUACUGCGUUCGAUGAUAUUUGUGGCCACGCCACAGUGUCAAAACAAAAGGUAUCUUAUGCAGACAGUGUAAGAUGAAACAUUGCGGCGUCAGUUGUCAACUGUAUAGACUAUCCACUAAAUAGAACGGCUUUACACCUAUGAGGCUUUUGAGUUUAUCUUGCCUUUAGGAAAGGUAUCCUGAUCAUCCUUUUAUUUAGAGCAAGUCGAUGGGUUGCGAUUAGCCUACAUCUUUGCUACUUCAUUGAGCACUUCUUAUGCAGCCAUGUAUGACUAAUGUUGUUUGAAGGGAACCAAGAAGUUUUGUUCUACGUAGGUUUCAAUCAGGGAAAAUGAAUUGAGUUAAGCGACAUUUCGUCUCUUAGUAUUUCGAGACCCUUCUUGGAAUUACUGGAAUAACGGACUCAUUGCGCAGUCUGAUAAAGUAAACGGGAAAUCAAAUUCUGAAUGUAGCCUCGUUUAUUUGGCGAGCGCUCAGCUAACUCCCUCACUGUCGCCGUUGAAACCCUGAGGAGACAACCAUCUCAUUCAAUAAAGCGGAAUCAAUUCAGAAGAAUGAAUAUAGCACAGUGAGGAGCAUCUCUCAAGAAUCGUCGUAGCCUGCCACAGUCGUGGUGGACACACUGCUUGUGAAUGAGAGAUAACAUUACCGUGGAGAAGAUACUUUCUCCACUUCCACCCGAAAGGUUGCUAUUUCUCCUGUGGUGUUUGUGUGGAACGUGCCACACACCCACUCCAGAACAACGACGGCUUUUGCUUGCAUCUUCCAGUGUUUCUUCUGUCAGCAAGUCCAGCAGAGUUGCAACUCAUCCAGCGCCAGUCCUGAACCCAACGAAGAGCAGCACGAGAGUGAGAUGGUGAAGAUGACCAAGUCCAAGACGUUCCAGGCAUACCUGCCCAACUGUCAUCGGACAUACAGCUGCAUCCACUGCCGAGCUCACCUAGCCAACCAUGAUGAGCUAAUCUCAAAAUCAUUCCAAGGCAGUCAGGGACGAGCCUACCUCUUCAACUCUGUAGUGAACGUGGGCUGCGGCCCUGCCGAGGAGCGGGUUCUUCUUACAGGUUUACACGCCGUAGCAGACAUCUACUGUGAAAACUGCAAAACCACUCUGGGCUGGAAAUACGAGCACGCGUUCGAGAGCAGUCAGAAGUACAAGGAGGGCAAGUUCAUCAUCGAGCUGGCCCACAUGAUCAAGGACAAUGGCUGGGAGUGACCCCUCAGGAUCUUCUCUACUCCCUUGUUUUGUGACCUUUUUUUGGCGGGUGGCCCUGCAUCGGACUUCACAGGGCGACACACCACAACACUGACUUGACGACCGCCCCCAACCCCCCUGCCACUUUCUUGCCUCUCCUCUCUCAACAAC